AUGCUGAAUAAGUUGUACUUGAACCAGAAUUAUCAAGGUUUUCACAUGGAACCUAGAGGUCCUCAGAUAAACCAUCUUAGCUUUGCGGAUGAUGUUAUUAUAUUUACCUCUGGCCAAAGAACUUCUAAUUCAGCUUAUCAUGAAGACUUGACCACUUAUGAACAGGUGUCUAACCAGCUUAUUAAUCGAGACAAGAGCCACUUCAUGCUCCAUGUUGACUCUCCUCAAGGCAUUGCUGAAAUGCUUAAGGAGGAAGCUGGUUUUAGACAGAAGGACAACCCAAUUAACUACCUGGGAUGUCCUCUGUAUAUAGGGGGCCAGAGAAUUAUCUACUACUCUCAUCUGGUGGAUAAGAUAGCUAAAAGGAUUAGUGGGUGGCAAGCUACGAUGUUGAACUUUGGAGGCAGAUUAACUAUAGUGAAACAUGUCUCCACUCCAUUCCCAUUCACACCAUGGCUGCUAUUUCCCCUCCUAAAACCACCCUUCACUAUAUCAAAAGGCUUACUGCUGAUUUGUUCUGGGAAGAGAAAAAGAUAA